CAAGACCUGUGACUCCUUUGACAACAUCAGCAACAAUCUACAUUCAGGCCUCUGUGUAGCAUUUAAGAGCUAAAAAGAAGCAAAUGGUAUUGACUGGUCCAAUCUUCCCUGAAAUGGAAAAUUGGUUGAUGGAAAUAAAAUGUGCAGUAGUAUUUUUGAAAGGUGUGAAUAGCAAGAGCAAGAGGAGCAACAGCAGCACUGCCAGCAACAGCACUACCAGCAACAGCAUUGCCAGCAACAGCAAAGACAUCAACAGCAAAGACAGCAACAACAAAGACAGCAACAGUAAAGACAGCAACAGCAAAGAUAGCAACAGCAAAGACAACAACAGCAAAGACAGCAGCAGCAAAGACAGUAGCAGCAAAGACAGUAGCAGCAACAAAGACAGCACUGCCAGCAACACUGUCAAUAAAUACAAUUGACACUGGUGACAACAAACUGCACUCAUGGAGAAGAGUUGGAAAGGAUCUCUGGAGGGGGGUGUUGGUCUGUUGGUAUGGCCUUUUUAGAGAAGCGGCUUUGCAUGGUGACUUGUUUUUAAAUUUUGGCACAGUAGUUUCUAACUGGCUUAUGGUCCAUUUCAUGGAACAAUUGAAAACGCUGGGGAUUGCCUGGAGGCUUGACCACUAAGCUGGGCAACAUGCUAUCCUCAUUUCCAUAAUUUUCCUUGUGGAGUUCUUCUGGAAGAUAGUUGGGAUUCUUUAGAUUUGGUGGUACUAUUUGCUGCUGCUUCUCAAAGAUGGUAGUAAUCUCAGUAUCCUCCAUUUUUGAUAUUAUGGGUGUCCUCCAUCAAAACAGUUAUAUCUUUGUCUGAAGGAGUCCAUUGACAGUUAUUAGAAAUAUAUAGAAAGCUAUUUAGUACAGGAUUGUACUAGUCAUGUGUGUGGGGGGGCUUAUAUUUGUGUCCAUGUUUGAAAAGUAUGACUUUGACAGUAUUUUUUGGAUAUGACCUGGUUAAAUGAUAACAAUAUCACUAAUAUCACUAAUACUACUAAUAACAAUAAGAAUGGUAGUAAUAUCCAUGGUAGUAGUAGAAUGUAAUGCAAUAGACAAAAAUCCAAGCAACCGUUUACCAGAAUGCAGUUGCCAGUCAUAUUUCAAAUAAUGACGAAUGAAGUAGAAAGAAAACUCUAGUAGCACCAAGUUGGAAAUCUUGAAGCAGUGCAAUCUGGAUAUGAGAAUGGCAGCAUAUGGUGUAAUACUUGUGUACUACGAUCCUUGUACUACUGGUACUAGUAAUGCAGAUACAGUAAGGUAUUGCACGGUAUGCUGUGUAUGUUUUCUCGGAGAAGAAUAACAAAUAUGAAAAAAGUUGGGCAUUUCCCAUUUAUGUAAAAUUCAAACUUUAGCACCACAACUAUUCAUGUGGUAUUCUUUGGGAGGGUAUUGUGAUGGGGUUUUAGUAUGGUGAUUCUCUUCGUGUAUCUUUUAUGCAUUCUUUUUUGGUACCAACAAAUUUCCCCUUGUUGCAAGAUUUUUCUUCCCCUUCCACCAGUGGCAACAUAUUUCGUCGCAUUCCUCAACACAAUCAAAUAAGCAUUACACCAACUUCUCAUACAGGACAAGAUGUCUUUUGCAGUAAGUCGUUUUGGAAAGCUCGAGAUGAGUCCAUGUUGAAGAUUAAUUUUGAAAACCUGUCCUGAAACCCAUCGGUGUUAUUCGCAGAUUCACAACUUCCUUGAGUGUAAUGAACUCGUUUUGCUGUGAAUAGUUGAUUACCAGGAACCUCUUCAAAGUGCUCUAGGUAACGGAAAGGCUGCCCUUCGAAGAAAAGUAAAUCGCCACCUUUCACCUCUUCUAAUACGUCCCAUUGAUCGUUACAAUGCUGUGGUGAUACAAUCCUCGAAGUAGACAGAGGUCGGAUAUUGUUCGAUAAGAGCUCACAAUUUGAGCUAUUUGAUUUCCUCGCUGCAUUAAUUCUUCCAGAAUGUUUGCUGGCACUGAGAGCGUUUGGUUUUGGCUGGAAAGGAUCUAAAGGAGCAAUCGAUACAUAUGAAACAGGCGAUUCUUCGGAAGACGAGGAACUUGUCGUAGUAUGAACUGCGUCGUUGCAAGAUUGUACCGAAGACGAUUGACAAGCAUUUUCAAGUUUUUCUUGACGCACUUUUCCAGGAGAAAUAAAUAUAUCUGUCGAUGACAUGGUAUAAAAAUUCGGUUCAUCU